CUUAACAAACCAGCCAUUUUAUCACAACUGCAUCAAUAAAGAGAUACCAUGAAUUUCCUUCUUCUGGUGGUUGCUUUGGGGCUCGCAGGAGCGUCUCCUCUGCCGGACAGCAAAGUUUGCCAACCUCACUCCAAACCCUGGCAGGUCUACAUACACGGAGGACACCCCUCCUGCAGUGGAGCUCUUAUUAAUAAAUGGUGGAUAGUAACCUCCUUUAACUGUCCAACCAUACCCUACAGCAGCUUAGCUUCUCUGGGAGAACAUGAUGUGACUGUGGAGGAGGGCACUGAGCAGCACAUUCAGGUUGCUGAAGUUAUAAGGCACAGUCCCUACCGUUCACCUGCCCACAGUCUGGCCAUGGUCCGUCUGGCUGAACCUGCCCGUUUGAACCAUAAUGUCAAGACCAUCCCACUGCCCACUCGAUGUACACAGCCUGGAGAGACCUGCUACGUCAGCGGCUGGGGAUCCACCGUCCCAAAUCAAUACGAACCUGAUCAACAUCUGAAGUGUAUAACUGUGCCGGUUGUGGAUGACCAGACUUGUAUGAAUACACUCCCGGAGUACAUAUACUGGAGCCACGGCAUGGUCUGCGCUGGUCAAAAUAACUCAGACAACUGCUUGAAUGAUGACGGCAGUGUGAUGGUGUGUGAUGGCCAGCUGCAGGGUGUUCAGUGGAUGGGACUUGGCUGCAGUAACCCCAGUGUCUACACCAAGCUGUGUUUGUACAAUAACUGGAUCAGAGAGGUGAUGGACAACUAUGCACCCCCUCUGACAACUCAAAUGCCUCCAUCGAUGACUACAUGAGGCGGCAGAGAUAUGUUCAGUGCUUGCAAUUUCACGGAGUUAGGCUAAAUCUAAUUUCCUUCGGUAUGAGUGAAACUCCAGGUAACUUAGGCCUCCCUAGGAAUGUUAUGCGGCAGGCUCAAAUGCUUACCUUAAAUAAAAACUUAAGUUAAACAAUCUGUAUGUAAACUGAAAAAUGUGUAUUCGAAGAAGAACAGAAAUAAAUGUAAGAUGCUCCAACA